GUCUAGAACAUCGUCAUGAUCAAGAUACUGACACGCGCAACUUCUCUCUCGUGAUCCCAUCCGUUCCUUCUCGUGUUCUAACGCGUUCCUUGCUGUUGCGACGCGUCGCUGGCCGUUGUAUCCGCCUUUGAUCUCAGAGAAGGCGCAGAUCGGGGAAUUAGCAGCACGACAGCGCGGAAGUGGUUGCGCCAGCCAUAGACCAGGUACGUGGGCCUUCUUUCACGUCACCAUCUAUCAUAUCGCAUCCAUUCGUUGCAGCGCGCGGUAUUCGCUACAUGCUCACGCGUCACUGAAGUUUUCCUACGCACAUUGUAUCCUUCAUUUGUAGUUCUUAACACUCACAGCUUCCCCGUCUAAUCAUGUCUGCAGCAGAUCCCGCAAUGAUCAACAUCGCUAAAGUGAGCGACUGGCUCACUCAAAAUGCAAACGAGCACAUCUAUCCAAGACUCUUCUUAAUGUCUCCCAAUGGCACACUAUUAGCGUACUCAAAGCCUGUUCAGACCAAGGAGCUUCGCGAUCAGGCUGCCCUCAUAUCUAUGACCUGGAAAGACAAUUGCCAAGGACGCCAAAAGCCAUCGACCCGCAAUGGAGCUACCCAAGACCAGUCGCUGCAACCCGCACUCAGGACACUCACCAUCGAAACUCCGGAUUGCAAUAUUAUCGUACGCCUAUUGCAACCAGAGCUACUGCUCGUUCUCAUCGGUAGAAUCGCUCCCGGCAAGAAGCAGGACUUCAAGAUCUCUGCCGAAGGACAGGGAGAUCCACGAUACCCAGAGGCCGACGACCCAGUUUCACGUCCCGGUUCAAGCAACGAACAGCAUUUGACCAUCAAAGGCAAAGCGCCCUCGUUGCUUAGUAACAUGAGUCAGCGCGAUAGAGAUAUCAGGGGUGGCGCGCUCCAUGUCCAGCGAAAACGAUUAGACGCCCUCGCCGAGUACGUGUUGCAAGACUUCGGAGACACUGGAUUCGUCAUGCCCGCAGAUGCAGACCUUCAGUAGUACGAUGAUGCGGCUUGGGCCGGGCAUACGUUACCCCUGCCUCAUUCCACGGAUACCGACUCAGAGGAAGGCGAUGGCGACGAAGUACUGCACAAGAGAUCGCUGGCUGGAUUCAGUUCGCUGACCGCGCUAGUAUGAGCCCAUUG